AUGAGCCCAGCGUCAAGUGUAGUCCAGGAACGGGCGUCGACUCGAUCCAUGACCCGAGCCCGGCGUCAGAAUAGCCAGACACAAAGGCAUCCGAGCGAGGCUGAGGGUCGUCACUGCGCACCAGGUUCUCAGAGACGCCGGACGAGUCGGGAGAAGGUCUCUGGGGAAGACUCGGAGCCGUGUCCUACGAUAAUCACCGUCGGACACGGCACUCGCACCGUCGCCGCCCUCGUCCACGUCCUCCAGUCCGCUGGCGUGGCCAAACUCGUGGAUGUCCGGUCCUUUCCUAGAUCCCGUGCAAACCCCCAGUUCAACCGUGACAGUCUCGCGUCGAGCAGCACACGACCAUCCGGGUUGCGUCGUUAA